GUAGAACUUUUGGCUAAGAUCGGUACAUGUUUUUAUCAGUUUAAUAAAUAUUUAUUAUUAUGUGCUAUCAGUUUAAUAAAUAUUUAUUUUAUGACUAUGCCCGCGGGUGCCAUAAACCUGCGGGUAGCGGAUUUAGGUAAUAUAUACUAUCCGUCACAAGUAGCAGGUGCGUGUUUAACAUUAAUCUCACCGGUACGAGUCUGUAAUCUAUGUAUCCGCGGGUUUUAACCCGUUGCCAUCGCAACCGGCGGCAAAAGGGACGCCGAGCAGUCGACGGGAAUACGAGCAGAAUUCCCAAUACCAAGGACCAACUGAAUUCCCGACGCGGGCUUGGUGGGCUGGGCCAGCGAAUUGACGGUGGGCCUGCUCGCGAGCGCUGUCUCUGACGUCACCAAUCCCUAUCCUAUUUUUUUUUCUUCUCAACAAGAAAGCAAAUUCCCUGUCCGAAUCCUCAUUUUCCACGAACCAAAAUCACUAUUUCUUAUAUAUUCUAUUCCCUCUCCUCUCUGCACCGCCCGCCGCGCCGAGCACGCCUCUCCCUCCCUCGAUCCAGAUCCACCCCAUACCUCCGCGGCGCCACCCCUUCCCGCUCCUUCUAGCCGGCGUCGGCGCGGGCCGGAGAUCUGUUUUCUCCGGUAGGAAAAAUCCUAUUGCGAUCUAAAUAUGGGUUCGAAAUCGGUAGACGAGGUGCUCGACGCCGCCGCCGCCGGAGUCCAUUACUCCGCACUCCGUCUGGACGGCCAGGCUUCCGCAACGACGUCUGGCCUGGAGAACGGCCACCAGGAGCCCUUUGUCAUUGGUGUUGCUGGGGGUGCAUCGUCAGGCAAGAGUACCGUGUGCAAGAUGAUCAUUGAUCAGCUCCGUGACCAGCGUGUCGUGGUUGUUACGCAGGAGUCCUUUUAUUAUGGAUUGACGGAUGAAGAAUUAGUACAUGUCCAUAAUUAUAACUUUGAUCAUCCAGACGCAUUUCAUACAGAGCUACUUCUCUCUUGUAUGCAAAACUUGAAAUGUGGCAAAGCUGUUGACAUCCCUAACUACAACUUCAAGACAUACAAAAGUGUCCCAAAUGCAAGGAAGGUUAAUCCUUCGGAUGUUAUUAUUUUGGAAGGAAUUCUAGUUUUUCAUGAUUCACGCCUCAGGGAUUUGAUGAACAUGAAGAUUUUCGUUGAUACAGACGCUGACGUACGGUUAACAAGGAGGAUCCAUCGUGAUACCAUUGACAAGGGUAGAGAUCUCAAAGCUGUGUUAGAACAGUUCUCAAAAUUUGUUAAGCCUGCUUUUGAAGACUUCAUCCUCCCAACGAAGAAGUAUGCUGAUGUUAUCAUCCCACGCGGAGGAGACAAUGAUGUGGCAAUUGACCUAAUCGUUCAGCAUAUUCGGACUAAACUUGGACAACAUGAUCUUCGUAAAAUACACCCUAAUCUGUAUGUAAUUCAGACUACUUAUCAGAUACGAGGCAUGCACACAAUAAUAAGGGAUGCUGCCACAGCAACACAUGAUUUCAUAUUUUAUGCUGAUCGGUUGAUUCGAUUGGUUGUCGAACAUGGUCUUGGUCAUCUUCCUUUCCAGGAAAAGCAGGUCAUCACUCCGACUGGGUCUGUUUACACUGGUGUGGAGUUCUCCAAAAGGUUGUGUGGUAUCUCAGUGAUCAGGAGUGGCGAAAGUAUGGAGAAUGCACUACGUGCAUGCUGUAAAGGUAUAAAGAUUGGGAAGAUUCUUAUUCAUCGGGAAGGUGACAAUGGACAACAGCUCAUCUAUCAAAAUUUACCAAAAGAUAUUGCAAAUAGGCAUGUUCUGCUGUUGGACCCCAUAUUGGGAACAGGAAACUCAGCAGUUCAAGCCAUCUCCCUUCUAUUAAAGAAGGGUGUACAGGAAGCAAAUAUCAUAUUUCUUAAUCUUAUUUCAGCGCCCCAAGGAGUGCAUGUGGUGUGCAAGAGAUUCCCUAGAAUGAAGAUCGUUACUUCGGAGAUUGAGUCCGGUCUAAAUGAUGAUUUCCGUGUCGUACCUGGGAUGGGCGAAUUUGGAGACAGAUACUUCGGAACAGAUGAAUAUCAGUCAUCGACGCCAUUUUUCUGUGACGAUAAAAAUCGUGUCAGGCUCUUGUGAGAAGACAACAUAAGCCAUGGACGCGGCAUAUUCUCCAAUUUUUUAGAAACUUAUAUCUGCAUUUCGAACUCUAGAAUGCACAUAUAAUGAUGCUUUCUUUACCAUACAGACAGCACAGAACACCUCUUGGUAUAAUUGGACCCAUUCCAUUUUUGUCUGUUUGGAAAGCAGUGUCAUGUUCAGUAGCCUCUAGAAGGAACAUUUUUUUUCUUUCAUGUAAUAAAUUAGGGUAAAAAGGAUGUUUUGGAUCGGAACUUAAUUCACAUAAAAAGUGUGAAGCUUAAAUACGAACUCCUGUCGACUUUUGAUUUUUUUUUUGAAGUAUCAA